AUGACAGUGACAUCUAGACUCAAGACACCUAUAUCCUUAUCCUGUACUGAACACUCCACUCCUGACAGCAUGAGCUGCUACUAUGGCAACUACUAUGGUGGGCUGGGCUAUGGCUAUGGUGGCCCAGGCUGUGGCUAUGGUGGCUAUGGCUGUGGCUAUGGCUGUGGCUACGGCUGUGGCUAUGGUGGCUAUGGUUAUGGAUGCUGCCACCCACUCUGCUACAGAAGAUGCUGGUCCUAUGGCUUCUACUGA